GUGAAACAGGGCGUUGCUUGUAAAUCUAGUUGGGCGGAGUCAUAGUCUAUAACAGACUAAAAUCCAGCAAUGGCGUUGAAGCAGCCGUCAACAGAUGAUCUUGUAGAGCGGCUGAAAGAGAUGGGACUGAGCCAAGAGGACUGUCAAACUCUGAAAGCCGAAGAAGUCACUCCAGAAUCUGUCGUAUUGUUGACGAAAGAGGACUGCCAAGAUAUGGGCCUCGGACAAGUGGGCCAGGAAAUAUUGCUCAAAUUAGUGGAUUCGGAGGAGAUGGAAACAGGAGAAGUUGGUCCACAGUACAAACCAACGACACCACGCUGCAUGGGACCUCCGGAGCUACCAGAGGAAGAAACAGACGCUGACUGUGUUGGGACACAGGGUGCAGCAGCUGCUUAUGUCCGUACUCAGAAGCUGUGGAAGGGGAGAGAAGUUCUGAAAGUGCAUUUCUUAAACCCUUCCGUUCUCGAGUCGUGGAAGAGUGGACAUGGAUUUAGUAAAAAGUCCAUGUCUAUCAGUAUGGUAUUGGAGUGGGCUAAUGAUGCCUGGAAUCAGUGCGAUGCCAUUCCAGAAUUCAUUGUGAAUGAAUCUGCCAAGAGAGCAGAUAUACGUGUUCUGUUCUCAGAGACGGGUGGUUGCUGGUCGAAGGUGGGUAUGGAUGCACAGAAAGUUAAAGAUUCCAAGGAACCAACCUUGGUAUUUAACCUCAAAGGCUUCCCUCAAGAUUUUCAAAAGCAUCUGGUCAUCCAUGAAUUUGGGCAUGUCUUGGGGCUCGAGCACGAACACCAACGCUCCGAUUUCUGGGAUGUGGUUGAGAAACAUUUGAACGUUGAAGCUAUGGGGCACGACUCACGCACAGGAGACUACUCAUCCGUGAAAGGAAAGGCUGCGUUCGGUAACGACUGGCUCAAGAAGAAGGAAAAGGGAAAGUUGUCUGAAUAUGACGCAGACAGCAUAAUGCACUACUGGUUUGACAAGGACUGGCUGAAAGACCCACGACUUCGUCAUAGGAGAACGUUAGACCAUGACCCUAAACUCUCAGACAAGGAGAAGAUGUAUUUGAGGGGUAUCCACAAGAGGCACAACGACUAUGCCAAACACCCAUCAUCAAUUGAUAUACAAUUUCUGAAAGAUGCCUAUCUUACCAAGUGAUGCACCUGGCCUAUGCAAAGCUGCAGAACUUUAUCCCAGUGUUAAUUAACUGACUUGCCGUUAUUUUUUGAGUAUUUUGUCUUGUUUUACAUCAAAAUGAAGUUGUGUGUUUUAAUGAAUAUAUAAGUGAUAAUUAUGAUCUGAGCACAAA